AUGAACAAUAGCCAUGCUCUCGAAAUACCCGCCAAAAUCGGGCAUAUUCUGCAUCCGAGUGACGUUCCUGCCAAGCCAGUCAAUGUCGUCCGCUACAACCACUCGGGAGCUUACUUUAUGUCUGCUGGCAAUGAUCGUAAAAUUCAUUUAUGGAACAGUCAAAAUGGGCUGCAUGUCAAGACCUUUGAAGCCCAUGGCUAUGAGGUUGCCGAUGUCGCCAUCAAUGCAGACAGCAGCCAAUUUGCGAGCUGUGGCGGCGACAAAUUGUUGUUUUAUUGGGAUGUACGAACAGGUGUGACGAUUCGGCGGUAUGCCGGUCACUAUCAGCGACUCAAUGCAGUUUGCUUUGCAGCUGAGGGCACUGUCCUUGUGAGCGGCUCUUUUGAUGCCACUGUCCGACUAUGGGAUACACGCAGCCAGUCGCAGGCACCCAUUCAGGUACUACAAGAGGCAAAGGACAGUGUGUCAGCUGUUUGUGCGUAUGAGCACACAGUGGUAACUGGCUCACUCGAUGGCAAAAUCCGCACGUACGACUUGAGACAGGGGCAGCUCAGUACAGAUGUCCUGGCACAACCCAUCAACAGUAUCGAACUCUCGCAAGACGGAGAACUGAUGCUUGUUUCAACGCUCGACUCGAAGAUCCGCCUAUUUGACCGCAACAAUGGAGGGCUGCUCCAACAAAUGCAAGGUCAUACCUGUCAAAGAUAUCGCGUCCCAGCGUGUUUCGGGUAUGACGAGCGUAGUGUUCUGAGCGGCAGUGAAGAUGGACACAUUUGGGCAUGGGAAACGAGCACCGGUGUAAAGUUCAAGCAACUACCAUGCCAUAAUGGCAAAGUCGUGCUCGGUCUUGCGCAUCACCCAAAAGCAGCACAGAUGGUGUCAAGUGGUAGUGAUGGCGAGAUAACCAUGUGGACAGUAUGAUUGUCGCCUCGCUGGUACUACCUGCAAGUCAUAUCAGACAAGCAUGCAACAUUGACUGAAUGCAUCUGCGCCGAAGCGGUUCCGCAUACAGCCUACCUACGAGGCAAAUUGAUCUGCGCUGGCUAGUAAACCGACCAUCCUGUAGGAUUUGCACCGAGGUGCUCAAGAGGUUGGUUGAAUGCCAGCGCGUAACAAGGGUCGUCACGAGAGAAAAUUGAGGGGGAAAGG